UCCAUGCUUCCAUCUCAUUCGUUUGACUCUCCUUUUCAUUCGGUUGGUUCAGUUCCCUAAAUAUACACCAAGGCUUUUGUCUCUCUCAUUUUCUUUUUAUAGCUCACUUUUUCAGAGCCUUCAACUUUGAAAGUUACUUCCCUCUAUAAAUUGAAUCCACUUCUGUACAGAAACCUGCUUCUGGGCUCCUGCAGAUUUCAGUUGAUAACAGGAACCAAUGGGUGAUGUGUAUAUUGAAAAUGAGAUAUCUGAGAUGCCUUUGACAGCCUAUAGUGGUAUCGUGAUGAACACGAGUCUAGUCGUUGAUAGUCUGGAGUUCUUCUCAUCAAUGGAUGACAUUUUUGACCGUCUAUUGAUAUUGGGUAGUUAUAUUGGUCAUCGAUUUAUUCAAUUUGUAGAGGAUCUUGCACACAGAGAAUUUGAUAGAUAUUUAGAGGAGUUAGUGAGAAUUUCUGCUGGACACCAAUUGAAAUCAUUGAGACAUGGCAUUUGUAAGUCAUUUUCUGAAUGUUCAUCAUCUUCAAAACCUAGUAUUUCUGAUGGGGGCCCUGAAAUAUGUGAAACAAGAGCCUCAGGACCUAGGCAUGAAUUGCUUGUAGAUCCAACAUCUGAGAUUGUAGGAACCACCUGCAGUCAAGCAGCUGCUCCAUUCAUCUGUAAAGGGUUGAUGCUGUCAUUGUCUGGUUUACAGUUUGCCUGGAGGUUGGCAAUGUCUUGUUGGAGAAGUUCUAUCUUAUAUGUUAGAAGUGCUCAUCUGCAAAUUUGUAGCGUCGCAUCUCGAGUACAGAGAACAUUGCGAGGUUCAUCUGAUGAUAUUGGAUGGUUGCAGCGCAUUCCUAGUAUGCCUUCUGUAGAUGAUGGUACAGAAAGAUUCUUGGAAUUGCUUGCAGGAAUAAGGAAGGGAAAGCAUGAACUGCCUGACUCAUUUGUUUAUCUUCUAAUUCCAGGACUCUUUAGCAAUCACAGUCCAUUGUAUUUUAUUGGAACUAAGAGAUUCUUUUCCAAGAUGGGUCUAGCAUGCCACAUUGCAAAGAUUCAUAGUGAGGUUUCUGUUGAACACAACGCGUGGGAGCUGAAGCAAUAUAUCGAGGAGCUGAAGCAAUAUAAGCGUGUGAUGCUGCUAGGGCACAGUAAGGGUGGUGUUGAUGCUGCAGCUGCAUUGUCAAUCUACUGGAAUGAUUUGAAAAACAAAGUUGCUGGUUUAGCACUGGUGCAGUGUCCAUAUGGUGGCACUCCUUUAGCUUCUGAUAUUCUUCGUGAAGGCCAGGUUGCUGACAAAGAAGCCCGCAGGAUAAUGGAGUUUAUAAUAUGCAAGCUAAUCAAGGGUGACAUACGGGCACUGGAGGAUCUUACAUAUGACAAAAGGAAGGAGUUCAUCUUAAAGUACAAGCUUCCUGCAGAGGAAAUUCCUCUAAUUUCCUUCCAUUCUGAGGCAAGCAUUGCCCCUGGUGUCCUUGCCACAAUGACUCAUAUAGCUCAUGCAGAACUUCCGUGGCUGCCCCUUCCAAGAUUUGACAAUGAAGAAUCGGAUAACAUUGUUCAAGCAAGUCGGCAGUUUCCUGUAGUGAUUCCUUUAUCUGCAGCAAUGGCUGUGUCUGCACUGCACCUGCAACUCAGGUAUGGGGAGAAGAGUGAUGGGUUAGUAACAUGCCGUGAUGCUGAAGUUCCAGGUUCAGUUGUAGUCAAGCCAGAUCGGAAGCUUGACCAUGUGUGGAUGGUUUAUUCUUCGAGGAAAAAGAAUACUAGUGAGGCCGAUGCCUCUGAAAUGUGUGAGGCUAUAUUAACUCUCCUUGUAGAGCUUGGAAGGGGAAAAGCUUUGAAUUGAUUAAGGUCUAGUUAUAGGCUUAAAGCCAUAGAAUCCUUUGUUUACCUUAAAUUCAUUUUUCUUUGCUAGAAUUCAAUUUCUGUUGAAUUAAUGGCAGCAAAAUUGUGCCUGCGCGUCAAAAUGUGUUGAAAAUUUGUUAAAACUUGAAUGAUCCAAC